AAGCCGAAAGGAAGUCUAUGGACCGAAAGCGUCACUUAGACCGCCAAAAACCACAGUUGAAAUAUGGAACUUGAAUGUCGUACUAUGUACGCGGCUGGAAAAUCAGCAGAAAUAGCAAGUGAGAUGAGGAGCCUUCAUAUAAAAUAUGUGAGUGCGAGGAACCUCCAUUAGAAAUAUAUGUGAGUGCAGGUGGACUAUACAGUGACAGUGGCAACGUGGAGUGACAUUUAUGGAAUGGAAUCCGGUAAACGAGAAAAUGAAAGUACAGUUACAAAGCAUAAACUCUAAGUAUCAGCCAUCCACCAUGUGUAUAAGCGCGCAAACCUGGACCUCUAACGGGUGCAAAGGAAUUAAAAAGACAAAAGAUAUAGAAAAAGAUGACGACGACGACGACAACGACGACGAAGAUGAUGAUGACGAUGAUGAUAACGAUGAUGAUGACAAAGACGAUAAUGAUAAUGUUGAUGAUGGUGAAGACGACGACGGUGACAAAACAAAAGACCAAGAAAUUUGUUGA